GGCGGCCGGCGCCGCCACUAGACACGGUCGGCCUCUCGGAGCUCGUUCAGUCGUCCUCGGGCAUCCCCUCAUUGAAGGGCAUCAAUUGAAAUCCAGAGCAAGAGCAAGACUCAGCAUGGACUCCCUUCAUCUCGUGCACGUCAAGCUUCUGGCUUCCGACAUUCUCACGCUAACUCCCCAACAUACAUCGCCGCCUUCCUUUGUUUGUUGUGGCCGUACAGUUGUUCGUGCCGAAGUUGUCGGGGUUGUUGUUUCACGUGACCGCAGGGAGAAGUUUCUCCGCUUCCUGGUCGAUGAUGGCACUGCUUGUGUACCAUGUGUCCUGUGGCUGAACCACCAGUACCUGAAUGCAAACAGUUCAUCCGAUUCUGAUCCAACUGGAGAGAUGGCAUUGAAAAUGUCGGAGGUCGUAUGCCUGGGCACCCUGUUGAGGGUUCGUGGGAGGAUUGUCAUGUACCGUGGUGCAAUUCAAAUUGUUGUUAGAGACGUGGUUCUAGAGGAAGACCCUAAUGUGGAGGUUCUACAUUGGUUACAGUGUGUUCACAUGGCCAAGGAAUGUUAUGAUUUGCCACUACCUUCUGCUUGA